UAAGUGAGCAAAAGGAAUAUGAUAAAGAACAAAAUCAAAUUAACAAUGAUGAGACAGAACAAAUAAAUGAUGACUUACCAGCUGUAAUAGGAGAGACAAUAUCUGCAGCAAGUAAUGGAAAAGUACAAGAGGUAAGAUCUCCACUUCCUAAAAGCCAAAAAUAUACAGAAGAACAAAUAAUUCUUCAGGAGCUUAUUAAUUACACAGAUUUGCCAAAAGAAGUUUGUAUGAGAAUAAAUGAAGAAUUGGUUAAAGUAAAUG